AUGACAAUUAACGGAAUAUGGGAGUGGGCGAACCAGAUGGCCCAGAGAGUGCCGCCCGAAGUGCUACGUGGCAAAACGCUGUCGAUUGGUGAGUCGAAAAUCGAUUUUUGCCAAAAAUUCAAAAAAAAUCGUUGCAGAUGGUCACAUAUGGCUAUAUGAGAGCGUUAAAGGAAGCGAGGCACAUCAUUCGACGUGCGCACAUCCGUAUUUGGUCACAUUUUUCAAUAGGUAUCUGAAGAAUGUAAGCUUUCCGUUUUAAAUUGAUUUUUACAGAAUUCAACACUUGAAAGAGCUCAAAAUUGUGCCGAUUGUCGUUUUUGAUAAUGUCUACAAGCAUCACGAAGUGUUUGUAAGUCUAAAAUCGCAGAAAAUCAGUACAAAUCAAGUUUACAACAAGUUUAGACCGAUCAAAGCUCAUUUCGCGGAAGAAAACGACGAAGUGGCCGGGAUAGGUGGGGAGAAACCGUCGAUUGGAUCGAGCAGUGGGUCAAUAACACCAGAGUAUGUGUAAAAAAAUUUAAAAAAAUGGAGAUUUUCCGAUUUUUCAAGAGAAAUAAGAGAAUUCUGGCGUUAGUUCAAACAAAAAAGACAUUUCUUCUCAUGUUUUCCAAAAUUCGCAUGCAUCAAAACAAGAGGAAAUGUCUAGAAACCCGAAAAAUCGGCCAAACCCCGCAUUUGGGGCCAAAAGUCCAAGACAAGGCCCAGCCGUGAUUUGCACUAAAAAUAUCAUUUGCAGCAACUCUUGUACAGCCUGGGCGUGACGUCAUUCUGCGGAUGCGGGGACGGAGAGGCCCAAUGUGCCCGUCUGGAAGAGCUGGGACUCACUGCCGGCUGCAUCACCACCGAUUUCGACUACUUCCUGUACGGAGGCAAGAAUCUGUACCGAUUCGAUUUCGGUGCCAACUCGAUUCGCGCCCAUGACGUCACGCAUCUAUCAAUGGGCAGAAUGGUCAUCGACAGAAGUACGGACAUUUUCUUUUUUUGUUCAGUUUCCUUGAAAAAUAGCGAAAAAGUUCCAGAAGUGAGUCGAUGUCACCUCAUCGUGGCGGCCAUUCUGCUCGGAUGCGACUACUACGAAUCGGGCGUCAGAGGCGUCGGAAUCGCAACCGUCUUUGAGAUUCUGCACGAGUUCGCAGCCGAAGACGGCGCCGAAUUUCAUCCGCACGUCGUUUUGGAUCGAUUCGCGUUCGUUCUUCUCUAUUUUUACACUAUUGCUGUGGUGAACAACGUAUUUUGUUACAGAUCGUACGUGCGCGGCGAAAUUCCGGCCAGAUCGUCGGACGGAGAACGGAAAUUGAGUUUUCGACGCAAAAACUACAGAUUGGACUCGAGUUUUCCGAACGGACACAAUAUUGGGUUGGUUUUUCGUGUGCUCUCUUCGAUUUUCUACAAAACGCUCCAGGCGGCAUAGGCGUUUGACCCACUUGCAAUGAUCCGAUCGGGACCAAACUUUGCAGGCUUAUUGGACUUGGAUAGAAGUAUGUUGGGACCAAGUUUCAGACCGAUCGGAUCAUCCGGUCCCGAAAAGACCACAAUUGUCGCAUAAGCAUGGUCUCUUCCGUCUCUGGUCCUCAUAUCUCGGGACCGGAUGAUCGGAUCGGUCUGAAACUUGGACCCAACAUACUUCAAUAAGAGUAUAAGAAGCGUGCACAGUUUGGUCCCGAACGGAUCAUUGCAAGUGGGUCAAAAGCCCAGGCCUCGGCCGAGCCCAUCUUCAAAAAUCCGAAAAUGUUUUGUGUUUGCAGAACGGCCAUCCAAAUGUACCAACAACCGCCGGUGUUUGAUGCGAUUCCCAGUCGCGCCAUUCCGAAAUCGUCGGCAAUCGAUAUGCGAAAAGUCGAGGAAAUGUUUAUGCGAAUGUGCAAAUGGACGCCCGAACGCAUGCAAAAAGAGCUGCGAACGAGUCAGAGACGAGCAAAAGUGCACGCGAAUUUGGUGGUAAGUGCUGUAAUCCAGCACAAUUCCUCAAAACAGAUUUUCAGUCGCAAACGCGAAUUCCCGAGUUUUUUGCGGCGAGCCGAAAACGGCCGAUUGUCGAGCCGUGCGACACCCUCGACGACUACAUUUCGGCCAAUAAUUCGUGGAUCGAAAAGAAGAGAAAGUCAUCGGAGAGAUUGAUCAAAAUCGAAUCGCCGCCACGAAAAAGAUCUCGUAGAAUUGAGUACGGUUUUCCCGCGGGGAAAAUGCAAAAUUUUUUGGAAUUUUUUGCAGACUCUUCGUCGCCACCACGCAUCCAAGCGAUAUCAUCGAACUCGGCGACUCGGAAUAA